AUGGAUCAAUUCUUCCUUGAUAAUGCUAAGCGCUACCAAGAACUGGUGAAUCGCUUCAAGCCAGCGCCUAUCAAGGCCAAGCCCAGCAGUGAUGAGUCCAAUCCUGAUAUCACUAUCGCUACUCGGAUCCGACCGAUGCUUGAUGAGGAAAGAGAAGGGGGACAAAUCUCUGGUGUUUUCCCAAGAAACAAUCUUCCAGGUCUUGUCGACUUACACGAGCUGCGGAAGCGUGUUAGAGGCCCUCCAACUAUGCUUUCAUCAAGCUUCCAUGUCGAUAGAGUCUUCAACUCAAAUGACACAACCGAGGGCAUCUACCAAGAGCUCGUCAAACCCCUCGUUCCAUGGGCUUGGGGCGGCGGAGUCAGCACCAUGUUCGCCUAUGGCCAGACGGGCUCAGGCAAAACAUUCACCGUCAGCGGCUUAGAGCGUCUUAUCGCCGAGACAAUUUUCUCUAGUGAGGUCCAGGGCUCUCGGAAUGUCUUCAUCUCUAUCAUUGAACUCGCGGGUAACUCGGUCUUUGAUCUCCUCAACGCACGCAAACCAGUUUCUCUCCUGGAGGACUCUUUUGGAUCUACUCAUCUUGCCGGCGCCUCUGAAUAUCAGGCCACGGACGCAGAUAAUCUGAUCAAUCAUAUCGAAAAGGCGGCGUCUUUUCGACGAACGGCUUCGACGCAGAAGAACGACUCCUCGUCGCGCUCGCAUGCAAUUUGCAAAAUCCGUCUGGAGAACCCUGAACUGCCUCAAUCUGACGAUGGGCUUAUGUAUCUUAUCGAUCUUGCAGGAUCUGAAGCAGCGCGAGACGUGACAGAGCACUCUGCCCAGCGUAUCAAAGAAUCACGGGAGAUUAAUGUCAGUCUCUCAGUGCUGAAGGACUGCAUCCGCGGCAGAGCAAGUAUCGACCCAGUAGGACUCGCCAAUGGAAAGAAGACUUAUGUACCGUUUCGACAAAGUGCUCUGACCAAGGUCCUCAAGCAUGUCUUCGACCCGGCAGCCGAGAGGAGCUGCAAGACUGUCGUUGUGGCUUGUGUCAACCCCAGUUUCUUGGACAUCGGCGCAACCAAGAACACACUUCGAUACGGAGAGAUGCUCAGAGUUACAGCGCCCAAGACGGUGGUGCAAAAGUACGACGCUAAGAAGCCGAGUACUUGGCCCCAGGACCUACUCCAUGACUGGAUCUUGAAGAACUCUGGAGCACCGCCCAUUUCCCCUUCAAAGCUUGCACCCGAAGAGACAGGAGUCCAACUCCUCCGUCUCCCAGUUCCAGAAUUCAUCACUCGCUGCCUCAAGACCCCAGACGUCACACUGGAGCAAGCGACUGCUUUCCAGGCCAAGUUCUGGCGUCUUCACAUCGAUUCCCAGCGUGCAGCCAACAACAAGUCAAAGGAAGUCCAGCCGGGACCCGAGACAGACGAAGCUGAGAAACAAGGCCUCUCAAGCCGCGACCCGCGGUCAGAGAUGGCAGGGGUUCCAUUUAAGGAACGUCUCCGGCCGGGAAUGGUAGUUAGUUGGAACCCAGACGACGAUACUCCAGGAAUCUAUCGUCUGCCUGGACGGAACCUCAUCAUGAUUCUGAGCCCUGAGGACGAGGGGAGUUAUAGAUGCGCUGUUACGGUGCCCGCUAUCAUGCCCGGGGCGUUUGAGAUAUAUCUGUGGCAGCAAGUGGUGGCAAAGAUUGACACGAUGGAGGCGGAGGUUCUGCUGGAGUAUGAUCCUGGCACGCGGUACUACUAUGAGAAUGUGUAG